AUGAAUUCCGGGAACAACUUGAAGAAGAAGCAAAGAGAGAGAGAGAGGAAAAGAAAAUUCAAGACUGUUGAUGAGGUUGAAGAAGGUGAAAUUCAAGAGGAUCAUCGUCGUGUUCGUGUUCGGGAAGAAGCAGAUUUACCUAUUAAGAAGAGAAGCAAGUAUAGACUUGAGACGAGUGGACUUGUGUUGAAGCCUCAAGAAUUUGUAUCAGUAAUAAACCAAAAUUGA